AUGAAGGGUUUGGAAGUGCAUAGUGAAGAUCGGCAUGAAGGGGUUGAAAAUGAAGGAAACCCUACAAUCGGGUUUGAUGCUAUGGAGGAAGAGCAAGAUAUCCUUGUUGAAGAUAAGGAGAUCUGGCUUGAGAGAGGGCAAGAAGAUCUGUUACAUGCGAGUGAUGUUUCGAUCUUCUAUGAAGACUUCCCUCCACUCCCAGAUUUUCCUUGCAUGUCUUCUUCUUCCUCUUCUUCAUCCACUCCGGCUCCUGUCAAGGCCAUAACUUCGUCGUCAUCUUCCUCUUGUUCUUCGUCAGCAUCCUCCUCUUCUUCAGCGGCUGUAUGGGCUGUUUUGAAGUCAGAGGCAGAUUACGAUGUUGAAAAGAAUCACCAACAUCCGAUGGAUGAUCCGGUGGAUGUUUCUACAGCGGCCUUGUCUUCUACUUGCUCAAUGGAGGUCCCUCAGCCUCCUGAUCAAGCGAUGGAAUUAGGAAUUGAAUGCAUGGACGUGAUGGAGGAUUUCGGAUACAUAGAUCUGCUUGAGAGUAAUGAUUUCUUUGAUCCUUCAUCUAUAUUUCAUCCUGAUGAAGGCCUCUUUGAGGAGUUUCAAAUGGAGCAAAACGAACCACAAGAUCAGGUACAGCUUCAAUAUGAUGAACAAGCUGGAAAUGAAGAGAUUACAAAAGGCAAAAAUGAUCAGGAGGCCGACCACCAAGGAGGAAGAUCAGAUGAUCUGGCCAUGGUGUUUUUAGACUGGCUCAAGAGCAACAAAGAGACUGUUUCAGCUGACGAUUUGAGGAGAGUCAAACUCAAGAAGACCACUAUAGAGUGUGCAGCUAGGCGUUUAGGUGGUGGUAAAGAAGGCAUGAAACAACUCUUGAAGCUCAUUCUUCAAUGGGUCCAAACGAAUCAUCUACAAAGAAGGCGCAUGAGAGAAUCAUCCUCCAACGUUAAUCUUCCCUAUCCAUACAAUCAAGACCCUCUUCAGAACCAAAACCCUAACCCUAAUUUAAAUCUCAACUGCAAUCCUAUACCAGUUGAUCAUUCAAACCCUUGCUUCACCCAGUCACCUUGGAACGUUGCACCCCCGCCAUAUCUUGCCGCAGAUCCGGCAAAAGUCAUGCCAGGUUUUUCUCCCAUGGUUGGAUAUAUGGGUGACCUGUUUUCAAAUGGAUCUUCUAAUAUAAAUGGCCAUCCUUACGGGACUCCACAGGAUUGCAAUCGCAUGCUUCAGUCCUAUCAAACAUGGCCUCCCUCACAAUUUCCUUCGGCUUCACUCUUCAACUCAUUUGCAGACAAUAAUCUCCAGUCAGCUCAACCCCAGAAUCCUGCUUUUACCGGGUAUGGUAACCAGUACCCAUAUCAGUAUGUUCCGGCUAAUGGUGAUAACAGGUUGACGAGGUUAGGUUCCUCAGCUACAAAAGAGGCAAGGAAGAAGAGAAUGGCUAGGCAGAGAAGGUUUCUGUCUUACCACAGGAAUCAGAAUCAUCACAAUAUUCAGCACCAAAAUCAAGGCGCUGGCGAUCCGCAUGAAAGGCUCGCAGAUGAUCCCAAUGGUGCCCCAACAGGUCAAUCUAAUCCUGGUAGUUGGGUUUACUGGCCCACAGCUGCUGGUGGAGGUUCUGCUUCCACCACUGUGGAUGCACCGGUGGAUCGACCAGCCAUGCAAACACAGACCAAUAAUCACCGGCAGGCCGUGGCCGAGAGGCGACAGGGAUGGAAACCUGAGAAGAACCUGAGGUUUCUCCUUCAGAAAGUGUUGAAGCAGAGUGAUGUGGGGAGUCUUGGGAGGAUAGUGUUGCCAAAGAAAGAAGCAGAAACACAUCUCCCGGAGCUAGAGGCAAGGGAUGGAAUUUCCAUCGCCAUGGAAGAUAUAGGGACUUCUCGUGUUUGGAACAUGCGUUAUAGAUUUUGGCCCAACAACAAAAGCAGGAUGUAUCUCCUCGAAAACACUGGAGAUUUUGUGAGAACAAAUGGACUCCAAGAAGGGGAUUUCAUAGUCAUCUACUCGGAUGUGAAAUGUGGAAAAUAUUUGAUCCGAGGAGUGAAGGUACGGCAACCUGCAGGGCCCAAACCAGAGAACAAGAGGGCAGGAAAAUCGCAAAGAAACUCGCAUGCAAAUUGUCCAGCUGCUGCUAAUAAUGGCUCUGGCUCUCAAAAACAAACAGUACUAAAGUGA